CUCCACGUAUAUAUAUAUAUAUAUAUGUACUCCUUCCCCUGAUAUGCCCUGCACUCCAGUCCAUAACCAUCUAUAAGCGUAAGGCUUAAGCUGUUAGGCAGUGUCGAUUUACUGUCUUGUAUCAUUUAUGUUCAAUUCAAUGUUCCCCCGUGGUACAGCAUUUGGUCUCUCUAUAUAAAUAGCGUGAUCCAUGAUUUCUUAUGCUUCCGAAUCUGCAUAUAUAUCGUCGUUUCAAUUUCCGACAGUGCACCUCUGUUCAAUCGUCUCUCUGUGUUUUAUACACCAACACUUCUUAGAGUACAACUUUCCCCCUUGCAUUGUACGACAGCAACACCCCGCUUUUUCCCCUUUUUAAGCCCAUCCAAAGAAGUCAAAAACAGAUUCCUCCCACAAACACAAACAAUGGGGCCGUCCAGAUCCUCUGCGUCCGUAGCCGCCCUCUGGUUUCUCGUCCCCCUCGCGUUUUCAUCGGCGCUGGACACCUCCGCCGCCGACGGCGGGUCGAGCUGGAGGACCGACGAGGACGUGACGAGUCUGUUCGAGUGUUGGCUGGUCAAACACCACAGGAACUUCAACGCGCUCGGUGAGAAGCAGAUGCGGUUCCAGAUCUUUAAGGACAAUCUAAGGUUCAUCGACGAGCACAACGCCCAGAACCGGACCUACAAUCUGGGUCUGAACCGGUUCGCUGACCUCACCAACGAGGAGUAUCGCUCAACGUACCUGGGUGCCUCUCGCCGGAGACUUUCCGCCGCCAAGAAAAGCCACCGCUAUUCACCGGUCGCCGGUGAGGCAUCGCCGGAGUCCUGGGACUGGAGAGAGAAAGGUGCUGUCACUCCAGUCAAAGACCAGGGUCUCUGCGGGAGUUCUUGGGCAUUUUCGGCAAUUGCUGCCUUGGAAGGGAUCAAUCAGAUAGUGACUGGCGAUUUGCUCUCCCUAUCCGAACAGCAACUGGUGGACUGUGAUGCAUUCUAUAAUCAAGGAUGCGAUGGUGGCGCCGUGGACCGUGCCUACGAUUUCAUCACCAACGACGGCGGCAUUGGCGCCGACAAUGAUUACCCCUACACGGGUGCUCACGGCCAAUGCAACAAGAAGAAAAAGAAUGCCAGAGUGGUGACAAUUGAGGGUUAUGAAAUCAUUCAAGAAAACGAUGAGAAGGCAUUGCAGAGAGCGGUGGCACAUCAGCCAGUGAGUGUUUCUAUUGAUGCUUCUAGCAGGGCCUUCCAAUUCUAUGAAUCUGGCGUAUUCACUGGCGAAUGCGGGAUAAAAGGAGAGCACAGUGUUGCUGUUGUUGGAUAUGGCACAGAAAAUGGUGCAGAUUACUGGCUUCUGAAGAAUUCAUGGGGAGCAAACUGGGGAGAGGGUGGCUAUAUCAGGAUUGAGAGGAACGUGGGCGGCGCUGGCAAAUGUGGGAUUGCAACAGAGCCCUCUUACCCUCUCAAGAGUCCCAACCCCACCCGGGCAGCUCCAUCUCUGGCAACAUUUCCUCCAAAUCCACCAGGUUUUUGUAGUGGUUAUUAUACUUGUCCCAUGAACAGCACCUGCUGCUGUAUCCUUGAAUCAGGCACUGAAUGCAUAACUUGGGCAUGCUGCGGAUAUGAGCGAGCCACUUGCUGUGAAGACCAUAGUACUUGCUGCCCUCCUGAGUAUCCGAUAUGUGACGUAGCGACAGCUUCCUGCUUAAUGAGCAAGGACAACCAAUUCCGACUUGUUAAGGCAAGAAGGCAUUUUGAGGCUAUGCCUUUGCGAGCCUUUGCGUGAACGACGGAAGGAGCUUAGGAAAGCGUUGGAGCUGUUAGCCGUGGAUGCGGGAGACUGCCCGAGUUUGGAAGGAUUGAAGAAUGCCUGGGUAUUCAUUUCAAACGCAUGGGUGCUUAUUAGGUGUUCAUCUACUGCUGCUUUGCAUUUUGUAUUGCAUCUAGACAGCAAAUUUAAUGAUGUUGGUUUUUAGUU